AUGAAGGAGCAGAAAAUGGCCCGAGCGGCCGCCAAGAAAUCUGGAACAGUUACCACUGUUGCCACUACUGCUGGGACCUACAUUGACAAGGACAGCCUGCCACCGGAGGCCAACACCAGCUACUACGAGAAGCUUAUGGACAGCAUGAAUGUCAUCCUAGCCAACCACAACUUCUGUGACAUCCAAACUGCAGAGGCGCUACCCAUUGUUGAUGGAGCUAAGACUUCAGGGGUGCAGGAACCCUUCAACAGCAAGGCAUGCGAGAUAGCCUUGCGCAAGGAGGGCACAUACCGCUGCGGGAUCAACCUUCUUUGGAUUGACCCGUUUGCAUCUAUCACACCUGCAGUCCCCCUAGACCAUUCCCGCGUCGUGGAGCUGGGGCAGUUCGCCUAUCCUGAUGGAAAAACUCCGAGACACCUCCAGGAGAACUUUCAUGUAGCCACCGAUGCUGCGGAUGUGGACCUUUUGGGGAAGCGUGGAAAGUGGCGAGGAAUCAGUCCUGAAGAGAUGCAGCACAGUCUCAUCUUUGCUUUGGCCAAGUGCAUUGAGGACAAGGAUUGCUUGUAUGUCUAUGACAAAAUGUUGUCCGACCCAGACUGCAAUCAAGUCCUUGAUCGCUUAGAAGCAUUGUUUGGCCUGGGUUCACCUUUAAAUUCGCUGAGCAAGCUUCGGGUCGUCAUUGAGAAGAGCGAGAACCUCGAGACAAGGCAAUGGGUCCUGCAGGUGCUCUGCGACAUGAUCGAAAAUGGGCAGCUGGACAAGGAUACCAUUAGCAAAGGAUAUUUGCAAGGGAGUGGCACCAGCGCAUCGCUGGUUGAACUGCUGAAGUUGAAGCGAAGCACUGUACAGCACUUUUUGCAGGUGGAACUGCCAAGGAACCAGUUCGACACGGAGGAUCUGAAGAUGAUCUAUGAGAAGAUCAUGACAGUGAAGAACUACAGGAAGUAUGUGAAUCCGAGCAAGACAACGGACAGCUCUAUCCUUGCAGAGGUUCAGUGGAUGUCUUCUUUGAAAGGCUCAAGCUUGCUGGUGCUACGGCUGAUGGAGGACGACAUUGACCUUCUCUACAGCGUGACUUUGAAUGGAUCGCUGGUUGUGCUCUUGAAGAAGGGCAAAGGUGUGAGCCCGCUCGAACUUCUCGACAUUGAGACGUUCAAUGUCCGGUGGCAGCCCUGCUUGGCUGCCAAGAACAACGAGCUGGCGGCGGAGAAGGCAUUGUACCAACAGGAUGGCAAAAAUGCCAAAGAAGAUGUUUGCGCCCAGAUCGCCGAGGGAAGCUUGGCGCCACAGCCAUCCAAGUACCCAAAAGGAUCUCGUGAGCAUUUUGUCGCUACCGCCGCGGAGCAGGUUCAGAUCUAUGUGAGCCUGGUCCCAGAGCCAGCCACAAUGGCAGGAGUAGCCAAGGUGGUGAAAGAAUCACAUGUUGCACAGCAUCUGGGUGCGCAGGGCAAAGGGUGCAUCAUGAUCCACUUUGAUGCGCAGCUUUUUGGUGAAUCCUUGAAGCGGCCAGACAGGCGGUUCCCGCCAUUGAGUCCUGCGCUUGUCAAGAAGCUUGUGCAUGGUGCUUUGAAAGGGCGGGGGUGCAGCCCCAACUCCAAGGUCGGUGAUGAUCACUACGACAAGCCAUUGGACGGUGACUAUGUGUUCCUGAACGAUGGUGGCCGCAAUGUGCUUGAGUCCCUGCUCUCUCCUUUCAAGGCCAAGGAGACGGGCAAAGCCUCCAUUGCCCACUACCUGGACACAACCGAAAUCACCCUUUGCCUGAGCAACUGCAUUGGUUGGAUUGGGCUACCACCUCCAGCUGAGGAGUGGAAAGAGCUCUAUGGAGCAAAGAUGGUUGGCUGCGAUGCCCCGACGAGCGAGGAGAAGGACAAAGAGGAGGUUCGCGAUGGGGGAGCUUAUGAGCCA